AUGCACCACGAGGGCGGCUUGACCAAGAACGGCCGUGGCUCUGGUGCCAGUCAGCUGCAUCAAAGAGAGCAGCCCGUCUUUGUUCCUAGUCACUCGUUAUACACCCUUCUGCUCGCCUUGUUCCUGUCCGCCUCGCCGUUGCCGCCACUCGCACCCGGCUCGCUCGUCCUUAUUACCGCCGUCCGCUGCAUCGCUCUUUCCUUAUCCCCCGUCACCAGACACACGCCAACCACCCAGAAGCGUCGCACCGUGCUCUUUUUCCGCAGUACGACACAGACAGAGCCCGACAGCGUCGCACAUUGCUUCUUAACCUGGGGCUGCUGA